UGCGAGUCUUAUCCACACAAAGCAUUGAGAAGCCUCGACGACACCAGCGUAGCUCCUCCCACCACCACACGAGCAGAAACUGAAGGCGGGGAUGCGCUCCCGCUGCUUCCAUCUCUUACAAGCUUAAGACGAAUACCUGAAAGAGAGAGAGCGAGAGAAGGAGAUAGCAACUCCCUCGCUUUCCUCCUCCACCCAACAAUGGCGACCCUCCAACUCGCGCAUCUCAACCAAUCUCUCCUCCCAUCCUCCUCUGCCUCCCCUUUCGCCGCCUACACGAGAAAGACCCCCGGUCGCCACAGCAGCCGGCGUCUCCUCCCCAUCGCCUCACUCCCCUCCGGCCCCGCCCCCACGACUCGCCGCGAGUUCAUCUUCGAGACCGCCGCCGCACCCCUCGCGCUCGCCGCCCUCGCCGGAGCCCCCGCCCCCGCCAGGUCCGAGGAGCCCGCCCUCUCUGAGUGGGAACGUGUCUACCUCCCAAUCGACCCUGGCGUCGUCCUCCUCGACAUUGCCUUCGUCUCCGACGACAUGAACCACGGUUUUCUUCUGGGAACAAGGCAAACAAUACUGGAGACAAAAGAUGGGGGAAAUACUUGGGUCCCACGAUCUAUAUCUUCUGCAGAAGAUGAAGAUUUUAAUUACAGAUUCAACUCCAUUAGCUUCAAAGGAAAGGAAGGGUGGAUUGUUGGAAAACCUGCUAUUUUGUUGUACACUUCAGAUGCAGGUGAAAGCUGGGAAAGAAUACCUCUUAGUGCUGAGCUUCCUGGGGAUAUGGUUUACAUUAAAGCAACAGGGGAAAAAAGUGCAGAGAUGGUCACUGAUCAAGGUGCAAUCUAUGUUACAUCAAAUCGAGGAUACAACUGGAAGGCUGCUGUUCAAGAGACUGUAUCAGCUACUCUUAACAGAACAGUUUCUAGUGGCAUAAGUGGUGCGAGCUAUUAUACAGGAACAUUUAACACAGUGAAUCGCUCUCUAGACGGCAAAUAUGUUGCUGUCUCGAGUCGAGGAAACUUCUACUUAACGUGGGAACCUGGACAGGCAUUCUGGCAACCCCAUAAUAGAGCAGUUGCACGUCGUAUUCAAAAUAUGGGAUGGAGAUCUGAUGGUGGCCUUUGGCUUCUUGUGCGUGGCGGUGGACUUUAUCUCAGUAAAGGCACAGGGAUAACGGAGGACUUUGAGGAAGUUCCUGUCCAGAGUAGGGGUUUUGGUAUUCUUGAUGUUGGCUAUCGCUCAAAGGAUGAAGCUUGGGCUGCUGGAGGAAGUGGCAUCCUUCUGCGAACCACAAAUGGAGGAAAGACAUGGACCCGUGAUAAGGCUGCAGAUAACAUUGCGGCAAACUUAUACUCAGUAAAAUUUGUCACUGAUGAGAAAGGUUUCGUUCUGGGAAACGAUGGCGUCUUGCUUCGGUACCUCGGUUGAUAGUUGAUGUAGCAGAUCAUUUGAGGAGAUUCUUCUAGCUUUUGUAAAGAUGGAUACAAUAUGCUCAUUUUCUCGCUGUGAGAUGCAUUAUAUUUCCACCACAAGUUGUACAAGAUUCUACAUCUUGCUUAAAUCAAGAAACCCGACUCUAAUUUGGGUGAUUGUAGAGUGAGGUUUUCCAUGAAUUUUGAACACAAACUUUUCAGUAAAUAUUCUCCUUUUUGUUUUA